CUUUAUUACGAAAUCUGGAGUACGCCUUUUCACCCCCAGCAGGCGGGGGGUCGGCGGAUGGUGCGUCUAAGCUCUCGGGGAAGCGAUCCACCGCCUGGGUCUUGGGAGACCGGUUUCCCGAGCGGUGGAUCUGUGCAAAUCCCAGCUCGCGGACGCAUGGCGACUUCGCGGGUCGAGGUUUGCUUUCGAGUUCACCGCCAGAGUGCACCUAUCCCCACUGCUUCAGAGCUGCGCCCCAGAACCUCGAGGAGCGGUGGGUAAUCCUGUCGGCGCGCAGGCUAGUCAAGUAUCUUUGCGUUGUUUUGUCGAGGUCAGCCCGCUGCCAAAGUGGCCUCGACAGUCGUCGGGCGACCCAACCAAUGUACGUAGCUGAGACUUGAAGUGCGGCGGCUCCAGGAACGCGAGGAGAGUGUGAAGCUUGACGUCUUCCACACCUUCUCGGAGAUGGUGCAGACGGCCGUCAUCAAGAACAUAACCACCGCUGGCUCCAGCACCCCGCAGGCCAUGGACGUGGACCAGGUCGGUGGCAUCCUGGAAACAGCGAGGCUGCCGCCUCCGAAGGAACGCCCAGCGGCACAACACCUCAUAGCGGUGGUGCCGGAUUGCAUGAAGCAGCUCAACAAGCAGCUGCGAUCCAAGGCGGCCAAGACCCGGCAGGGGGCCAUGGCGCUGCUGCGGACUCUGUCGGAGUGCCUGCCGCAGCAGAUCGAGCCCAACUUGCCGCAGGUGAAGGACGAGCUCGUGAGAGCCAUGAAAGAGAGCAACUCGAGCAUGCGGCUCGAUGCCCUGGUGUGCAUCAGGUACCUCAGUGAGAACUACGCGUCCCCGGCAGUCUACCAGCAGCUCGCCCCUCUCUUCUGUCCGCUGUUUCUGCAGUGCUGCAACGACACCUACUACAAGUCGAUUGCGCAGGCGCUGCGCGCCAUCGGCGCCUACGUCUAUACGCUCAGACCAGCGCCGCAGGCGGCGAGCGAGCAGCUGUCCGAGGUCGGGGCAGUGUUCGAGGUGCUCCGGGGCAAGCUCGUCGCCACUGACAUCGACCAGGAGGUGAAGGAGAGCGCGCUGGAGUGCUUCGGCAAUCUCACGGC